AAAUUUAAAUAAAUAAAUAAAUAAUAAUUUUACCUGAGCGUCAAUCGUCUAUAAAUAUACCAAGUUACAGCCACGCUAGGCAAACCGCUCAUCCAGCCAAGCAGGCAAAGGCAAACCAAUCAAGCUCAAAAUCACAGAGCUCAUAUAUACAUACAUCCGCCAUUGAAAAUCUUUUGUCAAUAGCAUAUCGGAAUCCGACACACCGCCUUGUUCUUCCUCUCCACCCUUUCUCUCUUACCCCAGGCUGUAACAUGGAAGGUUGUACCCUUCCAUGCUCGUACAGUCCUCUCCCUGCAGAACCAACUCCGGCGAGGUACAGGCCACCCAAGAAGGCUACGCUCAUGGUCUUUUCUGGGUUGUUGAUGCUUGGUCUAGUUUUGGCCAUUAUCAAUGGUUCUAGGGAUUCGGAUGUCCGUGCAAAUGGGAAUGCAUCACUGGAUAAGUUAAAAUCAUCAAUGCCAUUACCGUCGGAGCCCUUGCAGCCGGUGUCACGUGGGCCAUCGGCCGGGGUGUCGGAAAAGUCGAACCUGGUAAUGGCCGGCGUCAAUGUGAUGUCGUUUCCAUGGAACAAUACCAUGUUGUCCUGGCAGAGGACCGCUUACCAUUUCCAGCCAGAGAAGAAUUGGAUGAAUGAUCCUAAUGGGCCUAUGUUCUACAAGGGAUGGUACCACUUUUUCUACCAGUACAAUCCAAAUGGAGCAGUGUGGGGUGACAUAGUUUGGGGGCAUGCAGUGUCCAGGGACUUGAUCCAUUGGCUUCACCUUCCUUUAGCAAUGAUCGCUGAUGAGUGGUAUGACAUAAACGGUGUUUGGACUGGGUCUGCAACACUCCUUCCUGAUGGCCAAGUUAUCAUGCUUUACACUGGAUCCACUAAUGAGUCGGUGCAGGUUCAAAAUCUUGCAUAUCCUGCCAACCUGUCUGAUCCUCUCCUCAUCAACUGGGUCAAGUACUCCGGAAACCCCGUUCUUCUCCCGCCACGGGGUAUCAACUUCAAGGACUUCCGGGACCCGACAACGGCUUGGUACACAUCGGACGGGAGAUGGCACAUUGCCAUUGGGUCCAGGGUUAACACGACAGGCAUUACUUUGGUCUACCACACCAAGGACUUCAAGAGCUUUGAGCUUUUAGAUGGUGUGCUCCAUGCUGUCCCUGCCACUGGCAUGUGGGAGUGUGUAGACUUCUAUCCUGUGUCAAAGAAUGCUGAGCAGGGUUUGGACACAUCGGUUAAUGGGGCUGAAGUGAAGCAUGUAUUCAAAACUAGCCUUGACAAUGAUAAGCACGAUUAUUAUGCACUUGGGACUUAUGAGAAGGCUAAUGGUAGAUGGGUUCCCGAUGACCCCAAGAUCGGUAUUGGAAUUAGGUAUGACUAUGGGAUUUUCUAUGCAUCCAAAACCUUCUAUGAUGUGCGUAAGGGAAGGAGGGUGUUGUGGGGUUGGAUUGGAGAGUCUGAUAGUGAAAAUGCAGAUGUUCAGAAGGGCUGGGCAUCAGUACAGAGCAUUCCAAGGACAGUGUUGCUUGAUAAAAAGACUGGUACCAAUUUGCUUCAAUGGCCAGUGGAGGAGGUGGACAGUUUGAGACUGAGCAGCAAAGAGUUUGACAAGGUGGAGGUGAGGCCAGGAUCAGUUGUUCCACUAGAUGUUGAGACAGCCACACAGUUGGACAUUGUCGCGGAGUUUGAGUUAGAUAAGGAGGCUUUGGAGAGGGCAAACCAAACCAAUGUGGAAUCCAUGAUCAGCUGCAGCACCAGCGGUGGAGCUGCUGGACGUGCUGCACUGGGACCCUUUGGUCUUCUUGUUCUUGCAGAUGAUGGCCUUUCUGAGUACACUCCUGUGUAUUUUUAUGUUGCCAAAGGAGCUGAUGGCAAUCUCAAAACUUUCUUCUGUGUUGAUCAGUCAAGGUCUUCCGAGGCAAGUGAUGUUAACAAACAAGUUUAUGGGAGCUCAGUUCCAGUUCUAAAAGACGAGAAAUUAUCUGUAAGAUUACUGGUGGAUCAUUCAAUAGUUGAAAGCUUUGCUCAAGGAGGGAGGACAUGCAUCACAUCGCGUGUUUAUCCGACAAAGGCAAUCUAUGGGGCUACUCGGCUAUUUCUCUUCAACAAUGCUACUGAGGCCACUGUAACUUGUUCACUCAAGAUAUGGCAAAUGAAUUCUGCCUUCAUACGCCCCUUUCACCCUGACCAAGAAACUUGGAUUUAAAGGAGUGGAAGAUGAAAACAAGAAAGUGUGCUCCUUUGGCAAUCAAAAUGUCCACUUCCAACACCCUAAAACACCCAAUCAUUUUACCCAUUUUGUGUAAGAUUCAUCCUUUGUAACAUUCCCUAUCUUAGCCUCAGUUUUGUCCAUAGAUUGGUUGAGCCUAGGUUAGCUUAGUAAAAUUUAUGAAAGGCCCAUAAAAGGAAUCAAUUGAUUCAAUUUUUAUUUAUUUAUUUUUAUUUUUUGGUAUGAUGGAAGGGUAAUCAAAUUUGAUUCUACUGGGAACAUAGGCAUACUUUUGCCACAUAGCACGAGAUUACCAGUAUCUGCGAUUGAUGCAUUUGAUGUUCUAUUUCUGUAUUUUCAUCAUAUCAUUUUGUCAAGUUUACUGAAAAAUAGUCAAUUUCACAUUUGAAGUAUGAAAUGAA